GCUUCAGUCAACACAAACCAGGUGAAGGUCUCAUCUAGACUCAUCCUCUCACAACAUGAAAUUCUUGUCGGUGAUGUUGGUUAUGGUGGUGGCCCUGACUGCCUUGCUGGGGUCAGCCAGAGCCAUGCCUGACCCCUUCGCCCUAGCUGACCCUGACCCCAUUGCUGAUCCACAAUUUGGCUAUGGCGGCUUUCGUCGCGGCUUUGGUGGAGGCUUUGGUCGCGGCUUUGGUCGCGGCUUUGGCGGCUUCGGUGGCUUCGGGCGACGCAGAUUUUACGGUUAAUGCUGCAUUGUGACCUUCAAACAUUCGCAGUUGAAAGGCUCCUCCGGAAGACGGUCACCCACACAUAAACUACCGCCAAACUUACAACCCAAGAAGCUAAAACGUAAAAACACUGCGACUUCGAGACUCGUGACUUCACAUCUGACGAACUCAAGAUUCUACGCACCAGAGGAACUCUCAGUUACAAGAAUCACUAAGGCAGCGACUUCAUGAUAAAAUUCCAAUGCCUCCAACUUGGAGUAACUUCUGUCUUCAAGAGUUCCAGCAAUACCUCAUAGGGUCGUGUAUCAUAGCAUAAUCUCUGGCUAAACUCAUCCUGACAAAUUCUACACAACACUGAGUGUUGCUGAUCCAGCAACACCUGACACAUUUCACCAUUCCUCUUCGUUUCAUAUAUUUUUAUUUCACUUUUAGAGUAGGGUAAUAUUUAGUGAAGGGAUUCAGGGAAACCGGUUAUUUUUAUAUAGCCGGACUUGAGUCAUGGAAAUGGGAAGUACAAUGCCUGCACUCUAAAGGAGGGGUUUGGGAUAUUAG